AUGAGCCAGGGCGGCCAAGAUGCGAAGCUCUUUGCGAGGAACCUUCGCACUCCACAGGGCAAAGUCGCCGAACUACGCAUCGAGUUGAACAAUGGCAACAAGAAGGACAAGAACUUCUCCGCGAAGAAGACGGCGCUCAAGAAGAUCGUCGCCAACAUGACCAUGAGCAACAACGACAUGGUCGCGCUAUUCAUGGACAUAGUGGGCUGCAUGCACAUUCCGAGCCUGGAGAUCAAGAAGAUGUGUUUCCUGUAUCUCGUCAACUAUGCCAGGAUAAAACCUGACAUUGCGCUCAAAGCACUCCCCAUCAUACAGGAAGACAUGCACGACAACAACCCCUUAGUUCGAGCCCUCGCCCUACGGACCAUGUCCUACGUUCACGUCCGGGAAUUUGUCGAAGCCACCGUACCACACCUGAAGAAUCUCCUGAAGGACUCUGACCCAUACGUCCGGAAGACCGCAGCUUUCUGUGUAGCGAAGCUCUACGACCACGACCGACAUCUGGUGGAACAAUCAGAUCUAAUCGACAGGUUGAAUGGCAUGUUGAGAGACGAGAACCCCACAGUAGUGUCAAGCGCAUUGGCGGGUCUCAUGGACAUCUGGGAGAGAAGUGAGAACAUCAAGCUCACCAUCGACUACGCGAGCGCAUCCAAGAUUGUUCAGAUUCUCCCAGACUGCUCAGAGUGGGGUCAGACGUACAUCCUGGAAGCCAUGAUGAACUAUGUUCCACAAGAUACCAGCGAAGCUGCCCUGCUUGCUGAGCGCAUUUCACCACGCCUUUCACAUUCAAAUUCUGCCGUCGUUCUUACCUGCAUUCGCGUUAUACUCUACCUAAUGAACUACAUCAACGAUCCGAAAGUCGUCACUUCGUUAUGCAACAAGCUAUCACCGCCGCUCGUCACGCUUCUCUCCAAAGGACCCGAGAUUCAAUAUCUAGCCCUUCGUAAUGCGCUUCUGAUCUUACAACGCCGACCAGAGGUACUCAGAAACGAUAUCCGAGUCUUCUUCUGCAAAUACAACGACCCUAUCUAUGUCAAAGUCACCAAGCUUGAGCUCAUCUUCAUGCUGGCGACUGAGAGGAAUAUCAAAGAGGUGCUGACUGAGCUUUCUGAGUACGCUACUGAAAUUGAUGUCGACUUUGUGCGCAAGUCCGUACGAGCCAUUGGCAAACUUGCCAUCAAGAUCGCACCCGCAGCACAACUUUGUAUCAGCACUCUCCUACAGCUCGUCAGCACUAAGGUGUCCUACAUCGUACAAGAAGCGACAGUUGUGAUUCGAAACAUCUUCCGAAAAUACCCCAAUCAAUACGAGUCGAUCAUCUCGACAUUGUGCGAAAACCUCGAUUCACUUGACGAACCAGAAGCGAAGGCGGCUAUGAUUUGGGUCAUUGGACAAUACGCAGACCGAAUAGAAGACUCGGACGUUCUUCUUGAAGACUUUCUCGACACUUUCCAAGAAGAGACACAUGAGGUGCAACUGGCACUGCUCACUGCGACUGUCAAGCUGUUCAUUCAGCGACCCACUCGUGGCUCCAGUCUGGUACCAAAAGUACUGAAGUGGGCGACUGAAGAGACAGACAACCCUGACUUACGCGAUCGAGGCUACAUGUACUGGCGUCUCCUCUCGUCAGCACCUGAGCAAGCGAAGCAGGUCGUCAUGGGCGAGAAACCUCCGAUUACAGCUGAAGAAUCUGAGAAGCUUGAUCCUGGUACCCUUGAGGAGAUGUGCCUGAACGUCGGCACACUAGCUACAGUGUACCUCAAGCCAGUCAACCAAGUUUUCCGCAGCGCUCGCCCACGUAGAUUGCAAGAUUCGCCUGCAUUACAAAAGCAUGAAUUACCUACCGUCAAAGCAGCACAACAAGCUCGGGACCGCUCCGCAGCAGAACGCACAAAGCUCGACACUACUACGAAUGGUAAUGGCCACCUUUCCCCAACAAGCGCAAACGGCAUGGCGAAUGCUGUCAGCGACGCGGACAUGUACUUUGCCAGCGUAGGAAGGCAGAGUACCUUUGGUGGCAGCCCUGUUGCCGAUCAAAGCAGUGGUGCAGGAGGUGGAUGGGUGGUAAACCAGAAUGAGCCGCAACAUAUGGUCAUGAGUCCUGGACCAAAUGAUGGAAACCAGGAUCUGCUACUCUAA